GUUGUGCAGGUGGACUUCUGGGUACUCGGCGCAUUGGACAUCCGUAUCAAAACCGGACGCCACCCAAGAGGAAAAAGCCGCGUACGUCGUUCACCCGCAGUCAGAUAUCACAGCUCGAAGAGAAGUUCAACAAGCACAGAUACCUGUCAUCUGUCGAUCGCGCAGCCUUAGCAAAAGCGCUUAAGAUGACCGAUGCGCAGGUCAAAACAUGGUUCCAAAACAGACGCACCAAAUGGAGACGUCACAUGAUGGAGGAACGGGAAGCUCAGAGGCAGAUGGCCACGAAAAUGAUGCAGUCCAUGAUGGACGACCGGGACGGCGGCGUACGUCUGGGCGCGCUGCAGGGCCUGCAGGCCUGGUCCCCGGCCGCCAUGUCGCCCGGCGGCGGCGGGCCCGGCGGCGUCGGCGGUUCACCGGUGGCGCCCCAACCGCCGCCCGGGCACUUCGCCCUGUCGCAGCCUCCGGUCGCUUCGCCAAUGUGCUGAACGGGGCCCUCGGACCGCGUGCGGCGGCCAAUAUUUUUCGUCGUCGUCGCGAUCACGCGUACUCACAUUCCUAAGUCCUCGCCGCACGCUCCGCGUACUCAUAUUAAACGAAAUCAUUAUGUCUUGAUGAGAUCAAUGUACCACCUGUGUCUGUCUGUGUGUGUAUAUACGUAUAUUAACGUACUGAUGCGCGCUACUAAUGCGUGUGUACCGACGAUAUCAACGAUCGUACCGAUAUUGGGUUGAACAAAUACAGAUAUUUUAUAUGUCGAAUAAUAUUUUACGUGUACAAGCGUGUGAUAGUAAUAAUAAUUGUUAGUCAUUUUAUAACAUAUUAACGUGUUAAUUAUAUUAAUAUGCAUAUCGUGUGUACAGAGAUUCGUAUUUUUAUGCCAUUUUUUAGCGAUAAUUAUAAUAAUAUUAUGUGUCGUAUAUUGCACAAAAAAAUAUUAAACGUGAGAUCCGCAAAUCGGAACAUAAUGCGUUUUUAGGACAAAUACCGAUAUAAUUAUCGUAUCGAAAAACGUAAAAUAAUCCGUUCUUCUAUUACGGCGGAAAAAAAUACAGAUUUAAAUAACUAAUAAAAACCCUUCUGUUCCCAUAGAGAUUAUGGAGAAAAAAAUAAUAAUUUUUUCGUACGUAGAAAUUGUAAUAUGUAAAUUGUGUACAGUCAUCUGCGCAUACAAGACGCUAAACCAAAACAAUAUACCUUUGACACAUUUAAUUUACACACAAAUACAUAUGUGAUUCAGUGAUUGUAGGUAUAUUGCAUUAAGUCAUCGUAUUGAUUAAUUUUAUUAUUAUUAACAUCAUUGUGUAAUAUACGACAUAUAGCUUAUCGUCUUCAUAUAAAUGUAAUGACGUAGAAAUUAUAUAUUAUAUCGUUUUCUUUUCGUGUAAACAAUGCCAACGCCAUUGUAUCAUAAGUAUAUUAUAUUAUAUUCGUGUAUUUUUAAUUUAAACAUUAUUGAAACUUAUA